AAAGCAUCUCUCUUUUUCAGUCGCCGUCUGUCGAUCUUCCUUAACUCUCCAGAAAAAAAAACCCAGUAACAAUGGCCAAAAUAAUUGAUCGUAAGCCUAACCAGAAAGAAAUCCCCCAGAAAGUGAUAGUGUUUGGUGUGAAUGAUCCAGUAACCAGAUUUGGUUGGUAUCUCCUGGCUUUUCUCAGCAUUUAUGGAUUUGUGACUGCUGUAAGGGUGAUGGAUCUUGUUGGCUACAAGACCCUGCGGAUGGUUGGUUUGACUCUCUAUCUGAUUCUAGUGAUUUGCUCAAUUUCCUCGGAAGCUCCAUCUAUAAUCUGUAGGGCAAACAGAUGGGUCAGAACAUGUGUUCCUCUAAUACUCUUUAUAAUAAUCUAUUUCACUGUCUUUAAUUUCCAAACGUUUGGAGUCUCUCUGUUGGUUUUAUCGAUAGUUUUUGGGUUGUGCGUCUUGGUGCAAUUGCUUUUGCCCAUUGAAGGCUUCUAUUUCUUGUAUGUGCUAGGCAUAAUCAUAUUGGGGUGUAUGUUAGCUGCCUUUGCGUGUGAGUUUGAUCCAAAAAUCCAUCCUUUUGGGUUCUGUUUCCUCACUCUUUUUGUUUUUCAGAUGAUCAUCUAUUUUUUCAACUAUCCAGGGCCGACCAAUAGGGCAUUCACCUUCUAUUGAACCUGUUUUUUCAUUUUCUCUUUUUUUUUUAUCAACAACAUGUAUAUUGUAAUAAUCCAUUUGAUUUAUUUUCAUAUGGACUCUAUGUAAUGUUGUUUCGUUAAUCUAUUUUCAUAUGAAUACUUUUGUU